UUCGCGCGACUCUCCUUUUGGUUGUUCCUAACGUUCCCAAAAAAAACAACUCCCCCAAUACUCCCCGUGCGACUCAGCUGUUAACCCCACCGAAAAGGCUAGUGUAACGAAUCUGCAGUCAGUCAUCGAAAAACGGGCACAUGGGCGAGCAACCGUAACGAAAGUGAAUUUCGGAGCGAACAUAAACCAGACGAAAACAAAUGCGCGUUCUCGCUCGCUUCAGCUCAGCUCUCACCGGGUGAGAUGCGAAGUGAGAUGAGAGCGGUACGCAAUAAAUGAAAGGGCUCGUGAGCAUGAGAUGAAGUUCAUUCACUUCGCAGUUCGGUUCAUUUCAUCCCCUUAAAUUCACCUUUUUCUCACAUGGGGCGGGUGGAAAGUGAAUGGAUUGUUUAUGGUUUUUUUUUGGCCGGUUUGUUAUUUUAGCUGCUUGUUAGUAAUUUCAAUGCAAUGCAUGAAUAUCUCAUCACCACUACAUUUCUUCCUAAUUAUUGGGAUUGUGAGUGCGUGUUUUUGGAUGUUUCAAUAUUCGCUAAUGCAACCCUCGCUCAUCUUCGUCACGGUUGAGAAGAUGAAGUUUCAUUCCGUUGUGAUUCGUUACACAUGCUUGAGCUCGUGCUGUAUGCUUUUUUCCCCUUUGUUCCGUUGUGUUCGUCACGCAAAACCACAAAAGUUCGCUCACAUCUCACGACCGAGGUUUUAUGCUGCAUUUUCGGUGCAUCACUUUUCGGUAAAGUCUCUCCCACCCGCUCUCUCUCUCACACACGUUCCACCGUUUCUCUCACGCACUGCAUAUACGUAUUUCGUGAAAUCACGUUCACUCACUAUCGGACUGACAUUCUCAGCUCACAGAACGUAGAAUGUGAGGCAGCCCAACAUGAGAUAAAUAUGGCACCGUCGAGCAAGCGGAUGAAACGAACAAAAAAGCCCAACACACCCGAACGGAAAGGGCGAACGAAGCAUAACGAAAGCAUACUAGCGCUCUCGAGGGCCACUGUUUGAGCUGAACGCUUCAGUCUGGUUGUCGCGUUGGUCGCCUGUGGAAUAGACACGCAGCAAAAGCAAGUGCAAUCGAUACACCCACAUCACGGGAUGAUGAUGAUGAUUGUGACGCGCACACAUACACGGCGUAACGUGUGUAACUGAUGCGUGUCCAGUGUGAAGUUGAAAGAACGGCGGUUUUUGUGGGCCUAUAGAUGCCUAUUUCUGUUAACGUAGGUACGCGUACGCGGAUGGGCGCGCAUUGCAUUGCGUCCGUGCGUGAGUGACAGUUUGGGAUUUGAAUUGUUUGUCCACAAGUUCGAUUCGGUUUGCUUGUAAAUCGCAAAAGUGUUCGAGUGUUAUUCGAGUGUUUUAAAGGGGCUCCAUAGCUGAGUGGAAACAAAUAAAUACACGCACGCAUGCACGAGUGACAUGCAUUUAACGGUAAUAGUGGUGUAAUAGUUUGUGCCGUGACAGUGUGUACAGUGUUGUAAUGUAGUGUAGUGUAGAUCCGACAAAUCGUGACCAAGGGCCGGUGACAAAGGAAGGGUGGUUGGAAAACUCACCCCACCUGCGCUAUAAACCCCGGGAACAGAAACAGCCCAGUGUUGACCAGCUUUGUCAGUUCAUCCUUUUGAACCGGAUUGCCAUAUUACCUGGGCAAGUGUGUGUGUGUUCGUGGACGUGUGUGUGUGCAGGGGAACAUACUGACAUCGACGGAAGCUUUCAGCAGCCCUUUUAUCCAGCACAAGCACCAGGCGGCAGGCGUAACGUACGACACAGCCCGUAAAAUGGAUUAUUGGAAAUUAAUUGUUCUAAUUAUAUCAGCCAUCUACGUGAAAGUGACCAUAGGACUACAACGAUUCGCCGAACAGCCCAAAUAUACCGAGGUGAACCCGGGUCAGGAUGCGUUGCUGGUGUGCAAAGUAAUUGACAAGCGUGGCGUCUGUUCCUGGCAGAAGGACAACAAACCGGUCGGCAUCUAUCCGAAAAAGUACGAAUGGGCCAGCCAGUACGGCAUCGGCCAAACCGCACACGUCGGGGGCGACUGUUCGCUGUGGGUACGGGCGGCCCAGCUCGAGUUCGACGAUGGGCUGUGGGAGUGCCAGGUGACGGCGAGCGAUUUUACAACACAAGACGCACUCACCAGCCAGCCGGUGCGAUUAGUCGUACGAGUGCCACCACAGCGACCUAGAUUAGAGCAUGAAGGAGUGCACGUUCCUCCCGGUCACAACGUCACGGUCGAUUCCGGUGCGGUGGCCACGGUAAAAUGUGUCUCCCACUACGGAAAUCCGCCCGCUCAGCUGAAGUGGUUUCUAGGUGAUCAAGAGAUAUCUCCCAUACAUCCACAAACCAACUCAACCGAACCGGAUAAUCCUCGUACCUGGUCGGCUGCCUCGGUGGUUCAGAUCCCGGCCAACAAGGAACGACACGGAACUGUACUAAAGUGUCUAGCACUGCACGAAUCCUACGCAGCACGAUCCGUCGCCGUCGAGGCACGGUUGGAUGUAAAGUAUGCACCGACGGUGAGACUGCUUGGAGCACCCCAGAUAGACCUGGAGGAGGGCAAAGAUUCGCUCAUCCUGCGAUGCGUUGCCGAUGCAAACCCACCAGCCAGUAUCGUGUGGCGCAGAGCAGGUCGGUCCGAAAUUGCAAGCCUUCAGGAAUCGCUUCAACUGCGCCCGGUCGGACGGCGUGAUGCCGGGUUGUACACGUGCCAGGCACAGAACUCUGUCGGCACUUCGGACACAAUGUCCGUACAGUUGGACGUUAAAUAUGCACCAAAAAUAUUGUCCGCGGGACCGGACCGACUGACCACGGCACCGCUAUUUAGUCCGGCUGCAUUUGAGUGUGUGGCCGAAGGCAAUCCUACUCCCACCUACAAAUGGGUUCAAAGAAUUUCCACUCAGGGUAAACCUUUCCUCGAUCGUGGACGUGAAUCCCGGCUGGUAAUAGACAACGUGACGUACGACUAUCAGGGCGAGUACGAGUGUCGGGCGACAAACUUCAUCAACGGUCAAGAACGGACGGUAACAUCCGAUCCAAUUGCAUUACAAGUCGUCGGUGCACCGCAAGUCUUGCGCACAACUUCCGCCUCCGGUGGUGUUUCUGGCCACUCGGUCUCGGUAAGGAAAGGUGACUCCGCGACAUUGUCGUUGAUCGUGUGUGCCGAUCCACGGCCACGCCAUGUUGCCUGGGAAUGGGGUUCGCUUCGACUGGAAGCAGGAUCUGGCAUAGGACGAUACCGAGUGGACGAUGUCACACAGGACAGCCGAGAGGAUUGCUACUUAGCAACGUUACACAUUGACGACGCGGAUUUACAAGAUCAGCGCCCAUACUACCUGGUAGUUGAAAACGAACGAGGCACCGAUCGACAUGCAAUCAGUUUGCGUGUCGAAGGAAUGUUUUCAGUAGUGGAACCGCUGGAGCUGAGCUAUCUGCUUGGGAUUGCGGGCGGAUGUCUGGCCGCCUUUCUCAUACUCAUCUGUCUCUGCAUCUACGCCGUGCGGGCACGUAAAUGCUGCUUCCGGAAUCGUAACAACUACAAAACAUCGGAAAAGGAUAGCGAGAAGGCCGACCUAAAGUCACGGUCAGACAGUACGAGCGUACCACCGCUCGAUUCGAUCUACACGACACCCACCGGAUUCCACCAUCAUCAUCAUCAUCCGCACCAUGCCGCACAUCAUCCGCACCAGAACGGAACGCCCGGUUCGCCGGAAGCAAUGAAGUCAACUACGAACGUUACGGACGGUACAGCGCAAACCGGUCAGCUGCAUGCGGCCGGUAUCGAUCCACAGGAUGCCGAUCUGGUGCUGAGCACCUUGCGCCACCAGCGUGACCUUUUCAGCGGUCCACUCGGCAUACCGGACGUUACGACACGGGUCGGUAGCGUGAUACACGCGUUCGAAACGAUGGCCCGUCAACGGCAAACGCUGGGCGGUGGGCGUGAAUCGUACCGAGCGGACAAACCGUACGAUACGAUGGGCACCGGGCCGGGAUCGUCCAAGUAUCGAUCGCACCGUUCGAACGUUAAGCGCAUAGGUGAUGCAAAUCGCCACAAGAUCAUACUCCCUUCGCCCAAGAUUUCGCCAUCGUCCUCGGCAGAAACGGGCCACUUUUACCAUGGUCAGCAACUUCACCAUCAAGCAUCAAUUUCCCAUAGCCAUCCUUCCCACUACCAGCUGGCGUCCACGUCGUCACGGCAAUACCAAAACGACCAGCAUCAUCAUCAUCAUCUUCCGCCCAGUUCCUUUUCCUAUACCGAUCCUAAUAGCAUUCCUCCCGGAGUUCGAAGAUACACGAACGUCAGCGGUGGUGGUGUUGGUGGUGGUGGUGUUGCUCCCGGUGAGGAAAAUAUACAUAUUAAUAACAAUAACUUUGAGCCAAACUUACCCCAUACCGUGGACGAUCAUAACAAUCACAGUCAGUCCCUGCCGGGAACGGUGUUUCCAGCGUCGUUAAGUGUGCCCGGCACCAAUACCAUCGCCGCCGGUACUGCCAUCGUUCAGCCGAACGAGAUGCCCCACUACCAGCUAAAUAACGAGAAUGAAUCAAGUAAUUUCGAUUCCUUGAAUCUAGACGAUGAUUACCGUAAAAGCUCUUUUGGCAAACAGUCAAAAUUGCUGUACCAUCAGCAACAGCAGCAGCAUUACCAGCGCCGAAACCCACCGGCAAACAUCAAUACGCUGCUGUUAGCCCGUGCUCAACAACCUAGCGGUACCGUGGGCAAUCGCACUGCCAAAGGUUUGUGGAGCUUGUUCGGUAGCGGUGCCAACAAUCCUUCCGAACCGGCGAACCAUCACAACGCACCGGCAGCAGGGUACAGCAGCAGCAGAAACAAUCCGAACGUGUUUUUUAAUGCAACCUCUUCGCCGACCGACCGUACGAGGGUGGACCCGUUGCUGGCGGCCGGGUCGAUUGCACCGUUGCAACUGUCAACAGGACCGCCAGCAUCCAAUUCUACCGGUACAAUGCGCUAUUACAACCAUGAUAACAACGUUAAUAGUGCCAAUCGUCAAACCAUCGCCACACACUUCGAUAGUCGGGAAGACACCAACGGCCAUUCGGUGGAACAGCGCACCGUACUGCGUGAAGACGGUCAGGACGGACGAACCAAUACCGCCCGACGUAACGAAGCGGACACCAGUAUCGUAAACGAAGGCGAUAACGAAGCCACCGAUAAUCAUGUUAGCGGUGAUAAAUUCCUACGUGGCACCACCGUUAGCCAGUCCUUCAUCAAGAACGUGCGGAUUAUUGGGAAGAAGUCAUCCUCGUACGAUGUAAGCGGUGCAGCUAGUCAAGGUGCACAAAACAACCGCUCCAGUGGUAAAAAACGUAACGAAAGCACUCGAUCUAAUGGGCGGCAGGCGGGUGCAGAUGGAACCGGUACGUCUGGUUCAUCGAAUGGCUUCAAACAUCGCGGCUCGCUAAUGAUGGCAGCGGCCGCCAAACACUUUACCAAGCGCAACCGUGCACCGCAACCGGUAGCGAUAGCAUCCCCGGUAACAGCUGUACCUGACACUGACGAAUUAACCGGUACACUGCGGCCAAAGCCACCCGAAGAUGCCACAAACAAUGCCGACGACAUCGCUGCUAACGAGCCUGGCACUGUGAGGGGAUCGAAUGGCGUUCCACCGCCGGUGAAGGCACGGGCACCUGCUGUUGGGACUGCUAACCGGCGGCUACUAUUUCAACCGCGCACGAUUGAUAGGGCUGAAAUUUGAUGCCAAAAGUAAACUAGGCUAGAUAGAAUGAGUGCCGGUGCUACAUUGUUUAAAAUCGACAAAAGAUGGACGAAUUUUUCAAGUUAAUUUCACACGAAAAAUAGAACGAUAAUUGUAUCCUGUUUUUUAAUUGCCUGGAACAUUCGUUGUCCUAAAUAGAAACCAGAACUGGAAGCGAGUGAACUCUUGUGUGCAUGUAAUCGAACAGGCCGGGCUUUUAAGUAGUGAUAGCCUUUGGCGCGAAAAACAAAAAAGUGGUUUAGAUAGUCUAAAACGAGUACCAGAACGUUGCAUGUAGAAACAUUGUGUCAUACACGUGAGAAACAAACAAAAAAAAGUAUCGCAACGAGCGAUUGUAACCUUUCAGAUCCCAACGUGUUUUUUCUCUGGCAAAAACGGGAUUAUUCUUUUGUAUAUUAGAUAAUCUGUUGAUUUUGACAAACUUCACCCCGAAAACGGUGGGAUGAAAACGCAACAGGGCAACAGGGACAAAUGUUUGCGCCUAGCUCUAAUGAUACAUAUUCUUAUAUUGUACUUGGAUAGUUUAUAAACCGCGAUUGUUUAGGAUAGAGUUUAGCAGGGUUAAUAAUCUUCCCACGGAACGCACUAUAAUCACAAAUCCAGUUUUGUUACCGAUGGGAAUAAUCCUAUAGUACGUUUAGCGUGUAAGUAUAUAAAGCAAGAACUGACGUGCGAACGGUUCAAACAUUUGUUUCUAUAUAUGAAAAAAAACAUCAUCGUUUUAAAAGUCUUCUUCCGCUAACGGAACGUUUUUUGCCGAUUGUAGGCCGAACGUGCGGCCAAAGAUCUGUUGUACGAUAACUAUAUUUAU